AUGGGUGUGCGGACCUUGCUGGCAGACUGGACCGUGACCGGGUAUCUGUGCCCCGGGGCGUCGGAGUUCCUCCCCGCCAGGCAGGUCUCCUCCUACUCGCUGGACGGCGGCAACGUCCGGCAGUACCUCGACAAGACGCGAAAGGGUGAGCCCAUUCCGUUCGACCACUCGACCAUUGGCAUUGCGUGGGUCAUUGUCAACGCUUUGGCCGAACUCCACCGGAAUGGCUUUCUGCACCGCGACCUCAAUUGCCUCAACCUGCUCUACGUUUGA